AUGCAGUGUUAUGCGAAGUUAUCGCCGAAACGCGAGCCACCGGAGGUGGUCUACGAAGCGGAGUUGAUGAGCGCGCGGCGGCUGGAGUUGCCUGCUCCGCCAGGGAAGGAGUUCCGCGCGCCCAUGCUGCUGCCGGCGCCGGCGUCGCACUCGGUUAUCCAAUGCAUGCGGCCGCCGCCCCCACCGCCUCCAGUUCCGCGUCUUCAUAAGCCUCCUUCCUUCGAAGAACCUUCCAGCUCCAUUCCAGAUUUAGAGUUCGACGGGACGACGGUGUUGUGCAGAGUCUGUGGGGACAAAGCUAGUGGUUUCCACUAUGGCGUGCAUUCCUGUGAGGGUUGCAAGGGUUUCUUCCGACGCUCCAUUCAACAGAAGAUACAGUACAGACCGUGCACCAAAAACCAGCAAUGCUCCAUCCUAAGAAUCAACAGAAAUCGGUGUCAAUACUGCCGGUUGAAAAAAUGCAUAGCCGUUGGCAUGAGCAGAGAUGCCGUACGAUUUGGUCGCGUGCCGAAGCGCGAGAAGGCGCGUAUCCUGGCAGCGAUGCAGCAAUCGUCGUCGUCACGCGCUCACGAGCAAGCGGCGGCCGCAGAGCUGGACGAUGCACCUCGGCUGCUGGCGCGCGUGGUGCGAGCGCACCUCGACACCUGCGAGUUCACGCGCGACCGCGUUGCUGCCAUGCGCGCACGUGCACGCGACUGUCCCACCUACUCACAACCAACUCUGGCGUGUCCGCUGAAUCCGGCGCCGGAGUUGCAGUCUGAGAAAGAGUUUUCUCAGCGGUUCGCCCACGUGAUUCGUGGUGUGAUAGACUUUGCCGGCCUCAUUCCCGGCUUCCAGUUGCUCACGCAAGAUGACAAGUUUACGUUGUUAAAAAGUGGUCUCUUUGACGCCCUGUUUGUGCGACUCAUUUGCAUGUUCGAUGCGCCGCUCAAUAGCAUUAUCUGCCUCAAUGGACAGCUCAUGAAACGGGACUCUAUACAGAGCGGUGCUAACGCGCGGUUUCUUGUGGACUCUACAUUUAAAUUCGCGGAACGCAUGAACUCUAUGAACCUCACAGAUGCCGAAAUCGGACUCUUCUGCGCCAUAGUUCUAAUCACUCCCGACAGACCGGGUCUUCGCAAUGUUGAACUAGUAGAGCGAAUGCAUGCAAGAUUAAAAGCGUGCCUGCAAACCGUCAUCACUCAAAAUAGACCUGACAGACCGGGCUUCCUUCGGGAGUUAAUGGAUACUCUCCCUGACCUGCGGACAUUAAGCACGUUACACACAGAGAAACUCGUCGUAUUCCGCACAGAACAUAAAGAAUUGUUAAGACAACAAAUGUGGGGAGAAGAAGAAGGUUGCCCGUGGGCAGACUCUGGUGCGGACGAAUCUGCGCGCAGUCCUAUUGGCUCUGUGUCGAGUAGUGAAUCGGGAGAAGUGAUCGGCGACUGUGGGACACCAUUGCUGGCAGCCACGCUAGCGGGCCGACGGCGGCUCGACUCCCGAGGCUCCGUCGACGAAGAGGCGCUCUGCGUUGCGCAUCUCGCACACAACGGACUAACGGUGACGCCGGUGCGGCCGCCGCCGCGCUACCGUAAGCUCGACUCCCCCACGGACUCCGGAAUCGAGUCCGGCAACGAGAAGCAUGAGAGGAUCGUGGGCCCCGGAUCUAGUUGCUCGAGUCCGCGCUCGUCGCUCGAGGAGCACGCGGAGGACCGGCGGCCGGCGCCGGCAGACGACAUGCCGGUGCUGAAGCGAGUGCUGCAGGCGCCGCCGCUUUACGACGCGCCGCUGCUGAUGGACGAGGCGUACAAGCCGCACAAGAAGUUCCGCGCGAUGCGGCGCGACACGGGCGAGGCGGAGGCGCGCGCGGUGCCGGCGCAGUCGCCGCAGCCGCCGCCGCGCGCCUCGCUGUCCGCCACGCACAUCGAGCUGGCGCGCAGCCUGCGCGAGUGCCCGCGCAUGACGCCCGAGCAGCUCAAGCGCACCGACCUCAUCACACAGUACAUGCGGCGCGGCGAGGCGUGCGAGCCGUGCGCGCCGUGCCCGCCGUGCCCGCCGUGCGCGCCGUGUCCGCCGUGCCCGCCGUGCGCGCCGCCCGUGCUCGAGCUGCAGGUCGACGUGGCGGACGCGCCGCUCAACCUCUCCAAGAAGUCGCCGUCGCCGCCGCGCGCCUUCAUGCCCCGUAUGCUGGAGGCGUGA